UUUAAACAUGGCAGCUGCUACGAGUGUUGUGGUACUGGAUAGAGGCAAUAACACAACAUGCACUAUAAAUUUACACGGCGCAACCGUAGUGUCGUGGCGGGUGAACAAUCAAGAACAAUUAUUUGUAAGCAAACAGGCUUUGUUCGAUGGCAAGAAAGCUAUUCGAGGAGGCAUUCCCUUUGUGUUUCCCCAGUUCGGCCCGUGGAGUUUCGGCCCGCAGCACGGCUUCGCUCGCAUCAUGAGGUGGAACUUGGAGAAAGCUCCUGAGAGACUGACCAGUGGAGAUGUGGAAGCCAUCUUCUCUAUCAUGGACAAUGAGUUCACACGCUCCAUGUGGAACUAUCCGUUCCGACUGACCUACAGACUGAUUUUACGUGAGAAAGAGUUGCAUUUCAACAUCGGAGUGUACAACCCCAGCAAGGAUCUGACGUUCAGUUUCAACCUGUUGUUGCACACAUACUUCAAGGUACCAGACGUACGACGGUGUCAGAUCACUGGACUACAUGGCUGUACAUUCAUUGACAAGACCAGAGAAAACUCCAUGUACCAAGAGGGGAGGGAAGCAGUUACCAUAAACGAGUGGACAGACCGAAUCUACCAAAACACAGCACAGGAACACAUAAUAACCAAUGUUGUCUCUGGACGCAAAAUGAGGAUACAGAAAUACAACUUUCCUGAUACUGUGAUAUGGAACCCCUGGGUGGACCAGAGCAAGGAGCUCAGUGACUUUGGAGAUGAUGAGUUCCCCAACAUGGUGUGUGUAGAGGCUGGCCAUGUGUCCAGUCCAGUAGUGCUUCUGCCAGGAACUGCCUUCGAGGCCAGUCAAAUCCUCCAGGUGAUGUGAGUGGAGGGGAGUGGUGGAGUGAUAGGUGGAGGUAGGUUGGGAGGUAGUGUAUGCCACACAGGUCCAGUGGCUGGAGACAAUCCUCCACCACUACUGCAGUAUCCUACAUCUUGGCACACCCUGUAUAUGACCAGUGCUCCUGUACAUCGACUACUGCUAGAGAAGACUACAGAUGAAACCUCCCAUCCUCCCUGCACUCAACAAUCAUGUGGGAUUUGCUCUCUGAACUUGUGAAUCGGACGUUGUUACUACUUUUGAACUGGUUUAUCUAAUUGUUGGGGUGUAAACAAAGCAAACAUAUGUCAAUGAAAAAUUACUUAUGUACCACUGAUUUUACUUAAGUUUUUAAAGUAAUAAUUUGUUCAAUCAAUUUGCAACCUUUUGUCAGUGUUGUAUUCUGAAUAUCAUAUGUUUAGUUUGUGUAAAGGUUGUUUUUUUAACUAAAACGUAAGAUAAAAGGUUGUCAAUUUCCUUGCCGAUUGUUAUUGUUAGCUUAAAAUGCAUCACUUGGGGUCUUACUACCUCUUUGUGCCGCUCAAUUUUACGCCAAAGUGAAAAUAUUUAAUCACAUAAUCUUGAAGAAUAAUUAGGGUACUUAAAUUGUUGUUAAUGUUAGAUUAUUUUGAUUUGUUGUUUCUUUCUACGUCAGUAUAGCUACUGAAUUUUACAGAUUUUAGUUUUAAAUUUUGUUUAAUAGGUAGUGUAAUUUAAAGUUCGGUGUCUUUUCUAUUGCUAUGCUUACGUAAUGACAAUUUUUGUUCAAAAUAAUACUCUAACAAGAUUUUCCUACAUUAAGUAUUUGAAUUACUAGAAUAUUAUAAAUGGUGAAAUAUGAUUGGUAGGCUACUGCUUGGUUAUUUGACUCUUCACUCAAUAUGUUCCUCAUUGCGUUACGAUUGUUAAUUUUGAGAUAGUUUGAUAUUAUUUGUUAGAUUUUACAUGUUUUAAAUUCAUCGUUUCAUAGGUAUUUAAUUUUUGCACACAAUGUUUUUUUUAUGUUUUGUAGGUUUGUUGUUUAGAAGCCUCCAAGUAAGUGAAUUCACAUUUCUCUGUUUUGGUAACUCAUUAUAAAUAUUACUUUUAUAAAAUCCAUAAAAUCCAGGAAAAUAUUGUUUAUCUAAACUCUCACAUCUGAGUUUAUAGUGUCAACAAAUAUUUGUUAAAAGUGCAAAAAAUACCAAUGAAAAAGACACAUCUAAAAUUCUGAAUUAUAGAGACUGCAAAUAUAAAACACGCAUAAACACUUUAUUACACGGUAAAGUUAUUAAAGUCAAAACUCUAUUAUUGAUUAAAUUGAUAUCAAGUUUACAAACUUCCUAACAACAAUUUUUCCAAACAUUUAGACAACAAAAUGUUUUAGACUUUUGUUUACAUCAUUCUGUGUUUUAAACACAUUGUUGUAAACUCUGUUGUAACAUCAGAUUUACAAAUCAUUUUAUGUGAUCACAGUUAUAAAUAAGUUCUCAGCAAGGUCGUUUAUGGUUUAAUCAAAGACUUAGUUACAAAAGUUGCAAUAUGUUAAUAUUUUUAUGUGCUUAUACAUUUUUACUCAUUCCAGUGUUGUAUAUAAAGUUCCGUCUUCCAAUCGGUGCUUGUUCGAUGUCCAUCUUUAUAGUUGACUGUGAUUUUACAAGUACUAAGCAAUAAUCAGAUAAUAAGUGUUGAAUUUGAGUUUUUACAUUAGAACUAUUUCUUUUGGUUAUCGUUUUCAUGCCCCCAGUACACUCUCGCAGAGGCGAGGCGAGCGUUGGCUAAUGCAAGAGUGUACUCGGUGCGCUCGUCUUCUCUCGCCUUGACUCGGGUCGCCUCGCCUUGCCUAGCCUCGUGCUCGUUGGCACUCCGUCAGGAGUCGGAUUUUUGACACGAGUCAAAGGACCCGAGACUGCACGAGUGGCGAGCGCUACUUCCACAUCGUUUGCCUCCAUUUUGACUGCUAGACAAAGCGAGAGUGUACACAGUUACCUCGUAUAAGUUCUUGCCUGAAUUACUCGGCGAGCGUCUCGGCGAGAGUGUACUGGAGGCAUCAAAGAUUGCAUGAAAGUUAAAUUUUCCAUUUACUUGAAUCCAUUUCAAUGGCUAGAGCUCCUCGCUAUCCGACCAAGGAUUUAUAGAGUCAUCUGAAUGACCAGAAUAUUCAACCAUUUAACUGUGUUUCAGUUUCCACCUAAGCAUCUUUUUUUACUUGAGUCAAAAACUCUUCUCAUAGUAUUUUGUCUUUCAGCAUACUGUAGCCUCAUUUUGUUGUGUGUUUUGCUAAUUUUUAUGCAUUUGUGUUAAAUGUGGUCCAACAUCCAAGUAUUAUGAGGGGUUCUAACGUUAAAGGUGAUUUUUAUUCAUAGUUUACACUUAUUAUAUCAUACAUUCAAGUAGAAUAUUUCAAAUAGCUAUUGUUGAAUAAAUUACGAAUAUUUAUUAUGUUUUAGUUAAUGUUUAGAUGUUGAGAUUUGAAAUGUUUUUUCUUUCAAACUUAAGAAUUAGUGAGUUCCUCUAUAUAUAUGUACCGGUAAUAAAAUUGUCAUGUACAAUGUAGAAGUGUUGGUUAGAUGACUAGGAUAUAUUCAGACUUCAGGUGGCAUUUCGAAUAUAAGAACUAUAUUUAUAGCAUUGUACUAUUAAGUGUUUAACUGAAAUAAUGAAUGUACGUUUUUGAUUGAUUCAAUGCAUUUUGAAACUCUACAUGUUUUUUAUAUAAUUUGCGUUACAGCUUCCUAAUUUUUAUCAUUUAAUUAGCAUUUUUUGUUAUUUUGAUACUGAAUCUAUUUUUAAUGUUAUUAGGCAUACUAUUAUUCAUCACAUUUUUGUAAUUUUUGUUUUAUUGUAAAAUAGAUAAUAAAAUCUAUUGAAAACUUAA